AUGCGGUUCUUCGAUAUCGACCAGCCUUUCGCCAGCCGCGCAGCACCUACUCGACUGACCGACCUCGACCGCGCGCUCGCAGACGACGUCGAGGAUGAUGUGGCCUCCCGCACAUCUUCUAUCGCAACUGUGAAGCAGUAUGCCGCGCUGGCAGUGCAGCCAAUCGCUAGCGCUAUCGAGACCGCUUCCAUCUCCAUGGCUUCUUCCAUUCAGCGAUACGACCACCUGUCAUCUGGUGACUCGAGCAGCAUCAGCAGCGAGACUCUGAUCACGGACUGUGAUCACAAAGCGGGCGUGCUUGACAAUAUCAUCGUCAACAUGACUCGGUAUGGGAGUCGCUGGGGUCCGGGAGGCCUCAGAACGCUUAGCUCCCUCGGCUGCCUUGGACGGCGCAGCACCUCAUCGAUCACCUGCGAGCGAGAAGAGCUCGCCGGCUGCCUCACCUUCCAGAACUCAGACAGCCCAGGCGUCGGUGCUUGUGGUACCGCUCUCUCCGGCGAUGCUGUCGCUGUCUCCGAGUGA